CAUGUAUUUACCGAACAGCUGACAAUUGAGAAGUCAUGCAUGAAUGGGACUUUUGAAAUACCGUGGUUGGCGAGAUUACUUUUUAAAAAAUUGGCUACUGUACAAAUAUAUGCGAGUGUGUGAGUCAACUGUCCCAUACUGUCUGUGUCACGUCUGCCCGGGGGUGAGGGUCUCGUGGACUGUGGUCUAAAAGGACUUAUAUACACCGGGUACUGUCAGGAUUUUAAGCGUGCCUCUCCCAGGGUGUGGACAGGCAGAUCGAUGUUGGAUUGACCAGGAACCGGUUUGUCAGCCAGAUAUGUGUUUACAUGACGAGUCGACCCAGUUUAGUGUAAAGAGGAUUGAACAAUUCAAGUGUACUACACGGCCAGAUAUACACAUGUAAUCGACAAGUCAGGUGUGCCGAAGUGGAACUGUACAAUGUGUGGAACGUAAGUGUGCAGUCGGGUACGUGAUCCUGUAAAUGUGUGUACUAUCACAGGAACGCGUGUGGGAAAGUCUGUCAAACCAGUGUAUAUAACACUUAUCAUAUAUAUCAACAACCUCGUGAUGUACCUAUAGUAAAUAUGUGGCUUCUGUGUGACAGUAUCGCGUCCUCGUAACCAAGGUCAGGUAACAAUGGCGGCAGAUCCUGUUCAACUGACGAGGUCCCCAAUGGGUCAACGGCAGUUGAAUAAGGAUGAUAUCGGGCCCCCGGGGCCUGUCAAGCAGUUCCUCUGGGAAGACACGCCCCGCCUACUCAAAGACAUUAUGAGCACUUCAAGACUGCCGUUCACUGCCAAAGUACAUUCUGGGGACAUCGGGAAUUACGUCCCAGCCUGGACCAGUUCCGAGAAGACGGGAGAAGAUGAGGAGGAGGCAAUCCAGGUGAUUGAGACAAGGAGGAAGAAAGUAGUAGUUGUGAGGAAGAUGCAGUGGGAUAGACAGACAGGCGACUACGCCGAGUAUGGAAAUGGGGUGGAAAUACCCGCCACUUAUAAAGGUUGGUUUGAGGUUCUGCCCGAGGAUGGACGACCCGUGGAAUACUUUGAUUCCAUCCAGGCGAUCACUAACGUAAAGCCACGACGGUUUCUAGUCAGGACUGCCACGGUGGGAUACCAGCUUAGUGCAGAGUCCGGAAUGAACUCUUGGGUUCCGUAUGAGAUUCGCGCAGGCGCCGUGCUCACCACUGGGAUUAUCUUCAUGGAUCAGAAGAAGACCAGGGCCAAUGUCAAAAGCUUCUUCAGAAAAUUGUUACGGACACAUAAAAGUGGUAAGAAGGAACAGGAAUUGAAGUAUUUACAGUGCUUUGACACUUCCGGUACAGAAGUUAUGAUUCCUAUUAUAAUGUCCGGAGUGUUCAGUCCUAUCGGUGAGACUACAGAGGAGAAUUUCGACAGUGUGUACGAGCUACAAGACCUAAUACUUGCCUUCCAUUUACCCGUGAAAGCCCAGCUCAUCCACGAGGAAGACCAAGAAUGCCCAAAUAUUGUACCUCACGGGUUCGUCAAGGUUGAGGAGUUGCGGGACACCGAGUGGGUCGUCUUCGGUAGGUACCCGAUCACCAAUGCCGAGGAGCAGGCUUUUGAACUCCCAUUGGAUGCAAAUAUACUUUUACAAAAAGAUAUAUCUAGGAAACGAAAAUCUAAAAAGCAUAUACCUCCGAAAGAGGACCCGCUUGUCGACGAGGAAGAGCACGUGAAUGCUGAAAAGACUGAGAUAGCACUUCCUGUAAGAGUGAAAGAACAAAAGAAAAACAAAGUUGGACUUUUCGAUAAACUGAGUGUUCGGUCCAGAUCCAGAAAGGAACGUGCGAGCCUUAAAGCAUUACAAGUGGCGGGAGUGUUUACGUCACGGUUGAGUAAAAGUGAAGCGAACUUUGAUGACCUUACUAACACUGAAUCUACAGCGAACACAGAGGAUGAUGGGAAGACAAGCGACCAUGAUACCGGCGAGCGAGAUAAAGGUGAUGUCAUGCCGUCUUCUACAACUGACAUGGACGAUAGGGUUACGUACACAAGUUUGUCAUUUGAAAGUCCGCCGUAUGGCACGUUUACGGGCUCAACAGUUGGCCCACAGAAUCGCGAUCUUCCUCCGAUACCAAAGAGUCCAGGUUCAGAGAAAGAAGCUGUCUAUGAAGAACUGCCAGUAGCUCCAAAACCCCCGCCUGUUGAUUCGGGAGAUUUCGGAGGUUGUCGCGGUCUGUCGGAUCGACCCGAGGCAAUACACGGUAAUUCCGUCAGCAAGGAGGAGGAGGAGGAUGACGAAGACGGUUAUAUGAGCCCGGCACAGCUACGACUGAGAGCGGACCAAACAUACGCUGUGGUUCGCAACAAACCUCCGUUGGCGCCAACUCGGGAAGCAAAACUAAUGCGUGCACGAAAAGCUCGCAGUGAAAUUCCAAGUAAUUAUAGUUACGACGUCAGAGAUCUUAAAGAAACUAACGAAAAAGAAAUAGAUGAACUGUUCAGAUAUACAUUAGAAAAUGAUAAAAAGUUUACAAAAGACGGACCUUAUGUAUCAGGAGAAUGUCGGCCAACAUCGGAAGCUGUUCCGGAACCUAACACGUUUUCCUACGAAAGUGCUAUGAGAUUUGUGGAUGAUCAAUGUCUCGAUACUCGUUCAAAUUCUGGUAUGCCAAAGUUUAGAUCACGGUCGCACAGAAGUUUGAAUUUUGACGCCAAUGCGACCGUUCGUAGUCAUAAUGUCCGUAAAAUGAGGAACGCUAUCGAUGUAUUCAAUUUUAGUGAUUCUUUUCAGGACUUAAGUCGCAAUAAUAAUGGCUUAACAUGUAACGAUAUUUCUUCUGGUAUGCCACCUGGAACAACUGCUAGUUCGCUGUACAGCUCCGGUAUUGAACGCAACCCGUACAGUUCGCAAUACGCACGCUCAAGCGUCUACGCGGAGAGCGAGCCGGGUUUCAAGCGUUUCAUGCGCUCGGCUUCUAUAUCCGGUCUGAGCGAGCCAAUGACUCGGCAAGCAGACGACUCGGCCAUAUCUGGAGACUACGGUUACCAUGGUGAUAGUGAGUACAGCUAUCAGGAAUAUUCCGAAUAUCACGAUGACCACUGGAUACCCCCAGAUGACCUUUCGACCUUGACCGUGCUGGAAGUGUCCAAAUCUCUCCACUACAUUGGCAUGAAGGACCGAGUGGUCAUCAGACUUGCUAAUGAACAAAUAGACGGUAGUCUUUUGUGCUCGCUGGACAAACAGUUGCUAAGGGAGGGUUUUCCGGAGCUCAAUGCCCUUGAUGUCAAGAAAAUUGUAGAUUUUAUAGAUGGAUGGAGACCGAAAAAGAAAUGAAUGACAUCAUGAUGAUCGGUCAAUUAUAGCGUUUCUCUUGAAAUCUUAGCGACACAAAUGUGACAUAAAGAUUACUAAUGUUAUUUAUUUGCAAUACCACAUAAGUUAUGUUGAAAUCAUUGAAUACUUUCAUAUUUAAUAUGUUACAGGGGACAUCAAUGUUCGGGGUUUUACUAAAAUUAGACCACUCCUCUUAAACACAUCGAUACAAACAUAUAUGAUUACACGGUGUAUUUCAGAACGUCAUACAGGAGCGGAAUAAAAAAUAUCAGAUGUCAAACGGGGGGGGUGGAUUUUUGAACAUUAUUUGUUCCAAUUGCCAUUAAAAAUAAUACAAACUUGAUUAGAAUUUGAACGGUUUGUGCAUUUUGGCACUGCCUGACCACCAGAGAGGCUUGAGGGGCGGGUCCAAAAAGGAUCAAAUUGACCAAAACUUUGAAAGUCUUCUUCUUAAGACCCAAAUAAGGUAGAAACAAAUACCCUUCAUCGUUGGAAGGGUCUUCAGGUGCUUUACCAAAUUUGUGAGCUUCGUUACCCUUGGGUGUCACGUUUGCCCGGGGGAGGGUAAACUUUGCUAUAGUUAGUAUAGGAAAAUUACACUUUGGAAUAUCAUUUGUUUAAUUUCUAUUCGAAUUAAUUCUAAUUUGGUAAACAUCAUCAACAUGGGAUGACAGUUUGAUGGUGUGCACUUGCUGACCAUGGUUGACCCCCAGGGGCUGAUGGUUGGGGCCAAAAGGUUCAAAGUAAAAGGAAUUUCAAAAAUCUUCUCAAAAUCAAAAUAAAGUGGAAUCAAAUACUCUUCAUAUAUAGAAGGACAUUGAGGUGCUUUACCAAAAUUGUGAAUUUCAUGACCCUGGGGUUAGAAUUUGCAGUUUUGAAUGGCAGGUUGAUGGAAUGUAAAUGUUGGCCCGAUUGACCCCCUGGGGCUGAAACGCGGAGUCAAAAAGGGGUCAAAGAAAUAUUGUGAAACUCGGGUGACCGUUAACAAAAUGGUUGUUAACGGUCACCCGAGUUUCACACCUCUUGGUUAAUGUAAUACCGGACAUGCCCCUUGUAGCUCCACUAGGUAACAGCCUACAUUAUCUGUAACUGAGCGGUCGUGAGAUUUUCACCAGUGGUCGAUGAUGUAGGACCAAACUUGUGUACAUCUUUAAAAACAAGCAACAGCUGUUUGAUAAAAGCUGGACAUUUUCGAACAUCUAUUCGUUUCGAUCAAUUACAGAUCGCAGGGGAGGUAACUUGCGUCUAUUCUUUACAUCUCGGGGAAAUUUCCGGCAACACUCGGAAAUCCUUCCGAGUGUUGCCGGAAAUUUUCCCGAGAUGUUGCGAUUGUCUGGUUAGACUCACAAGAGUUACUUCCUUUUUCGAUAAAUAACAAUGAACUCAAAUUGUAUGGAUAUGUAUGGAGAUCCAAUGAGAAGACGGCAUGUAAUACCACGUGAUCCAAUAUAAAGUCGGACUUUUAUACUUUAUUUAUGAACACCUAAUAUUACUGUUAUUAUUGAUCCUAAGCACAUCGUCUAACAUUUGAGCGAGACGUGUAUUAACUGAAGGUUUAUAAGGCUCCAUAUCGAACACUACAAUCCCCACAGAAAGCAAUGUACCGAUGAUGACAAAGUAUUUAAUUUCAUCAGCUGAUAUAUGAAGAAUUGAAAAUUAUCAUUUGUAUUAGAAAAAUAAAGACUGAAAAAUGAAAUAAAAUCGCUUAUAUUGAUUUAA